AGACAUGGAAAAAUUGACAUGCACUUAAUCACGAGAUUCAACAUUCGAACUAUAAUCAAAAUCACUUAACCUGAUUUCUGACCUAACCCUCUAGAGUCUAGACUAACAAUGAUCGUUUUAUAUAAAAUUAUAAAAAGGUUAUUGACAAUAAAAUAUAAAGACCAUUAUGAACUAAAUUGAACUCAAUCCAAACGACCUAAUUGUCACCUCUAAUAAAGCUAAAAAAAACCGGCCUCAAUUACCCUCGUACCUCCCUUUGCCAAUUGCAAAUUGCCAAGACUCCGAAGUCCUAACUAAGAUCAAAACGAUCCAUCUUUUUCUUAUCUUGUUAGCGGGCGAAGUGAGAAAAUGUUGGGCACUGCUGCACCCAUCUUGCAGUUACACACAUUUCUCUCUUUCCCUCACAAUAACAAAUGGAGCACCAAAUCACCAUUGAAGUACAAGAAGGUCGAAGUAUUUUCCUCAGUUUCUUCAAAUACCCAAACAAUUACUGAGCAGGUUUCUUCAAUUCCUGGGAAUUUAUCAGGGAAAGCAAAAACUAAGGAAAGGGUAUUCCUUUUGGAUGUAAACCCUAUUUGCUAUAAGGGGAGUUCACCCAGUUUACACUCUUUUGCUCACUGGAUUUCUCUCUUCUUUUCUGAAGUCAGCCUUAAUCAUCCUGUUAUUGCUGUACUCGAUGGGGAAGGAGGCCAUGAACACCGCAAACAAAUAUUACCGUCUUAUAAAGCACACAGGCUCAAAUAUUUAAGGCGUAUAUAUACAUCAAAGGGAUUCGAACAGCUUUCAAUUGGAAGGUCACUUAAACCUGUUAUAGAUUUUCUGAAAGAAUGUAAUGUGCCGGUCUUGAAGCUUGAAGGUCAGGAAGCAGAUGAUGUUAUUGCUACCCUAGCUAACCAAGUCUUAGAUAGAGGAAAGAGGGUGGUCAUUGCUUCACCUGAUAAAGAUUUCAAACAAUUGAUUUCAGAAGAUGUGCAACUUGUUCAACCAGUGCCUGAGCUCGAAAGGUGGUCCUUUUAUACACUGAAGCAUUAUAUUGCUCAAUAUAGCUGUGACCCGCAGUCUGAUCUAAGUCUACGAUGCAUUAUUGGCGAUGAAGUUGAUGGUGUUCCUGGAAUCCAGAAUCUGGUUUCAGGAUUUGGUCGGAAGACUGCUCUUAAACUCAUUAAAAAACAUGGAUCUCUAGAGAAUUUAUUGAAUGCAGCUGCUGUGAGAACUGUUGGAAAGCAAUAUGUCCAAGAAGCCCUUACAAAAUACACAUUUGAGCUUAGAAGGAACUACCAAGUUCUUUCCUUGAGGAGGGACAUUGAUUUGCAUUUUAAAGAAGAGUGGUUAUCCCAAAGAGAGACAACAAAUGAUUCGGUUUCUCUAGCUAAUCUGAACAACUUGUUGAGAGGAAGCUAAAUCCUCAAUUCUCAGAUGUAGGAUCCUGCUGAUCAAUAUGGUAAACUCGAGUAUGCAAGCAUAUGCUGUAUAUCCAUAUUUAAGGUGAGAGGGUGCUUGAGUAAUUUAUCGCUGUACCAUUCUUGACAUCUGUCCGUGACAAGACCUGCUUGGGUAAUCCAAAUGAAAAAAGAUGAUGAUUUCCAUGAUGGCAUGAGAGAAGAUAAGCGGAUUGGUGUCGCCCGUUUUCCACGUAUUGCUUAAAGCGAACAAUCAACAACCAAAGAUCAAGAAAAUCUUAUGCAGCCCUCCUGUUUAUCAAGAAAAUCUUAUGCAGCCCUCCUGUUUAUGCGUCACUGCAACCUGUCUAAUCCUGAAUUCGUUGUCAUAUAUCUGUUGCUUACUUCAUUGGCUCGAUAUGUAUCAAGCACAGGGGUAUUGCUCUGUUUGCUCAAAGUUGUCUUUGUAUAUCCUCUUUGGCAUUUUCGUUACUCGUUCAGCUGUCUUCUAUUUUGUGCAGUUGCGAAGUUGGAAAUUUUUUGUAUGAGAUUUGGAUGGUGUAGUCGUGGAAAAAUAUGUGGUAAAUAUGUUUGCAUGCGGCUCCCGUGGACAUCAGAAUUUCGUCAUUGCAAAUGUCAUUUUUUGGGAGGGACUAAUCAUAUUAUUCAUUUUUGGGUCCAUUGCUUUUACAAA